CGAGUACGCGUACUCGUAUCGAGAGAAGAUUGUACCGUAGAAUGGAAUCCAAAGAUUUCACUCGUCCGUCUUCUCUCACAGAAAAAGCUACAACACCAAACGGCGUCCGGUCAAGGUUUCCYMCAAACGAAAACCACCGGGCCGCGACACGAGAUUCUAKCCCGUCGCGACGCCAUGGCGAAUUCGGAUUCAGGGGCAUUUGUUCUCCGGAACGCAUCCGGGGCCGCGAGAGAUCUCGGUCCGGCGUGCCUUYCGCGGGAGGACCCCCGGGACGGCGGUCRGUCCCGGCGUAUCAAUACGAGAGUGGCGGCGGUUGCGAUUGCGAUUGCGAUUGUCUUAGCAGCAAUGGUGGCUGCCGCCGGCUUGYUCUCCCCGACGAAAGAACCYKUCGGGGUGCAAGAACGGCUCCGKWCGUCGGCUUCGAACCCACCGAGCCGCGCCAGCCAUUUCGURGACUUUGGACGCGUCGUGGCCGUUUCGAAGACGACCGCCACCCUCCAGGUCGUCUCCAAUCCCCUGCUCCUCGAGAAGUACUCCCCGAUCGCCCCGGUCCUCUUUGACAACCUGGAGAAGCUGAAGGCGGACCUGGUCCGGUACGCCGCGUGGUAUCCCUACCCCGAGGUCGGCGUGGCGGAGCUGGAGCCCCCGGAUCCCGAAACCAAGACCACCUCGUGGAGGUUCGGCGAGGACCUCUCGGAGGUCUUUUCGAGGAUCUGGAAGGCCGUGGUGGCGUCCGGGRGCCACCGGGACCGGCACGGGCAUCUGGUCGUCACCUUCUCGACCCAGCCGGCCUGGAUGUUCAACACCACCGACUGGUCCUACCCUCCGGACCACAACACGGCGGUGGCCGAUUUCGAGUACGACAAGGGAGGCUGGAUGCCCUCCACCACCAAGCUGGUCGCCGACUAUUAUUCGCGCUUUGCCGAAUGGCUGGCCACCGGAUCCUUCUUGGACGAGUUCAACCACACCGUGGGGGGCGGCCCGGCCCUGGGCGUCGGCGAGGGGGGCCUCACCCACUGGGAGGUCUUCAACGAGCCGGAGRCCGAGCACGAGCUGACGGUCGAUCAGUACAACGAGAUGUACGACGCGAUCGUCCGGGGYAUCCGCGCCUCCRUCGAUCCGAACAGGACCAUCCGGUUCUUCGGCAUGUCCCUCGMGUACCACAACGAGUGGGACCGGUGGAGGGGCUUCCUGGACCCGGAAAACCACGCCCCCGACGUCCGGGACGCGGUGGCCAGCGGGUACGCCAGCUUCCACUUCUACGCCAACACGCCCUCCCGGACGAACGCCUCGUCCUAUCCGGAGGCCUGGCCGCAGCUGGACGCCUUUCUGGGGGAGGUCGAAAGGAUCCUGGARAUCCGCGACGAGCUCAGCCCGUCCACGAUGCUCGCGGUCAACGAGGCGGGGGUGAUCCCCCCGGAGGACAACUCCCCGGACGCCCCCGACCUCCCCCCGRUCUACUUUCGCUUUGCGGCGGCGGUCUACGCCGUCCUCUGGGCCGAGCUCUCGGAACGGGGGAUCGACGUGGUGGGAUCCUCCCAGUACUGCGGGUGCCCGGCGAUCCCCGAGUGGGGCAUCCCGGACCGGAUGUACCCCGGGGUGAGCAUGACCAACUGGACGACCGGGGAUGGGAACCCGCGGUACUGGGUCCUCAAGCUCCUCAACUCGCACUCGAUGGGGCCCGGGGACGAGAUCGUCCGGACCACCACCAACCUUGGACGCAACAGCGGCAGCGGCAAAAGCAGCGAAAGCCUGUACGUGCAGGCCCGCAUCACAAAGGGGGAGGAUCCCAAAGAGCUCCUGGUGCUGGUCAACAAGUCCUACAGUUCCAGGACCCUMCGGUUCACGGAAAAGAGCAGCAGCGCGGACGACACCUCUUACGCCGUGAGCCUGGUCGACGAGACCACCGGCGACGGGCCCUGGAAGGAGUUUGUGGUGACGUCCACCUCUCCCCGGCCCUACUUGGUCCUGCGGCCCUUUGCGGUGGCCGUGGUCGAGGUUCUCGACAGCGAGCGCUCCGGAGCCGGCCGAGACGACGGAAGAAGCGGCAAAAACGACGGCGGCGGCAAUCGCGGGGCGGACGCMACCCCGGGGAGCRGGGACCACGAAGCGGUGCGCCGCGGACCCCGCCGGCACRGGCUCGAGGUAAGCCUCGUCGAGGGGGUCGGGGMCGCCGAUCCGGAACCAGCGCGCGAGUGAGACACGCCACUCACGGAUUGGGGGACGGCAAAGCGAACGAAUUUGUGUGCAAGAGCCACGCGGCCCGCGAUCCUUAGGACUSUGCGACGAGGGUGGGUUGCAGCCUGCCACGACAGAGGACGACCACAACACAACACCUCUGCAAGAYAUGGCAAUGCCAUGCUGSAGCAGAGAAUGGACCGGUACGGUAUUUGGAUUUGGACUCCUGUCCAUUCGAACCAUCGGAAUAGUAUUCUAAUUAUAAAUGUAUGCCAUUGCU